AUGGCAACCGCCGACUCCGAAUCAAACCCAGCCCCGCAAGUAGUAUUUCGUACGAAAAAGAAGGCAAAGCCAUAUCGCCAACACACUGCGACUACUGUUGAAAACUUGGAAUCAUCAUUCGCUACAGCCAACGCCAGCGAACUUACGAAGGAAGAAGCCUCUCCAGCUGCGACCUCAGCUCCUGCUGCUAGCGGGAUUGAAAGCACAAGCGAUGUGCCGGCUGCAGCAACCAGCACAGCUCAAGACAAAAAGAGCAGCGAAGAAGAUGAAGAGGAUGGGCUCUCCGUGACAGAGCUGUUAAAGCUGCGCAAUGCACGGAAACACAAGCUCGCUGGCGUGGGCUUCCGCGCGACAGAUGAGAAGCCUUCUGCAACCGGGGAGGAGCAAAACAACAUGGAUGGAAAGGGGCUGGUAGUGCGCGCCGCUGCUGGUCUAGCAGGAUCCGAGGUCGAGCAGCUCAUCGGCGGGAUAACGAAGCGGUUUGCGCCGCAGACGGGGUUCGUGGGAGACUUGGUCAACAGGCAUAUGGAGGAAUACGUAGAAUCCGAGUUGGCUAAACGAAAGCGGCUGGCUGCCGAGGCUUCGGCGCGACAGCAGCAGCAGGAGCAGGAACAGGAACAACAACAACAACAACAAGAAAGGGCUACUAGAAGUAGUCUACUAGGCGGUAGUCAACUCCUACAGGCCGCCGACCCGGCAUCUGGACAAGGCGACGCGCAGCGCGUGCUGCAUGGAAAGCUCUUCGAGAUCGACCUGGGAGACGAGGCGCGGGCGCGCAACAUUGAGAUGACGGAGCGCGCGCGUCGGAGAUUACAGGGCCUUGCAGACGACGAAAUGCAGAACGACGGCAGCGGCAGCGGAAGCGGUAGUGGCAGCGCUGGCACUGGUGGCGGGCUUAGCAAGAAGCCCCGUUUGGGCAAGGGCCCGCGCAACCGGCGCGGCAGUGAUGAUAUCCAGAGGGAUCAGAUGGUGGAGGCUUUCUUGAGCGAGAAUAAGCUCGACGUGUAUGACAUCCCUUCCCAAGACACGCACAUGGGCCCUCAUUCAGGCGACGAGGACGAAGGGGCUGCCGACGACCGGAUCGCCGAGGAAUUCCGGCGCGAGUUCAUGGAAGCGAUGGCGCAACGGCACCGCCGCCGGCGGCCGGCGCAGAACGCGGCGAAACCGGGCGCCAAGGGCCGCGCCGCCGCCAACGAGCCGAUCCUACGUGGCCCGAAGCUUGGCGGCAGUCGGAAUGCAAGGGCCGCAAUGCGCGACUUAUUGCUCAAGGAGCAGGCUCAGAAGCAGGCGCAGAAGCCGCUGGGGAGGAGGUGA